AAAGCGCUUUGCUGGGCGGGCGGGAGUCGCCGCAGUCUGCCUAGCGAUAUCGCCGCGGAUACAGGUCUAUCAGUGCGAUCUAAACCGGAUACUCUACAACAAUGCCUGCCAGGAACAAGGACCAAGAACAAGAGGUUUUGACCUGGAUCACUCAAGUGUUGGGUGAGCCAUUGCCCAACGGCGCGUACGAAGAUAUCCUCAAGGAUGGCGUCGUGUUGUGCAAACUCAUUAACAAACUCUCCCCUGGAUCUGUGAAGAAAAUUCAAGAAAGGGGUACCAACUUCCAGCUUAUGGAAAACAUUCAAAGAUUCCAGGCCGCCAUUAAGAAGUAUGGAGUGCCAGAGGAAGAAAUCUUCCAGACUGCCGAUCUUUUCGAACGACGCAACAUUCCUCAAGUCACCCUUUGCUUAUAUGCAUUGGGAAGAAUUACUCAGAAGCAUCCAGAAUGGACUGGACCUCAACUCGGCCCCAAGAUGGCGGACAAGAAUGAACGCACCUUCACCGAAGAACAACUGAGGGCACACAACGCUGAACUUAACCUCCAAAUGGGUUUCAACAAGGGCGCCUCACAGGCCGGUCUGGGUUCAUUUGGCAACACUCGCCAUAUGUAAUUACAUUAGCCUAAGUGUGGAGGGAAAUGUAAUCUUUAAAA